AUGCUCUCAUCUCUCCUGUCCUAUGCCGGGCUCGGUGGAAGCUCUGGCAUUAAUGUUGGCUCUGUUGAGAUUCACGAUAUCGAGACGGCAGCGGACAAAUCAGGUCGCCGCCUCAAACAUCUACUCAAGCUCAACCAUGCCCAACAUUCAAUCCUGUAUAACCAUCUGCGUUUCCACAAUCACUCUCCUCAUAUCCUAGGCAGCGCUUACUUGCUCAAGUCCGAUGCAGACCACCUCAACGAUGUCUAUGAGGAUAUCUCCAAGCACGACAAUCUUGAACCCUGGGAGGACUCCCCGUCUGAAAUAGCCGAACACGAUCAUAGAGACCAGCUCGCCAAACGCAAUUACCAACGAGCAUGGGUCGACUUCUUCGAGGAUCAACUUGUUGAAAAUGGGUACGACUGGAAAGCUGUUGUCAACAAAUACCUCUUCGAAUCAGGCGACAAGUCUUCCGAUGCCCCUUAUCCAAUAUUCGACUGCCUUGUCGGUGGCCUGGGUCACCCUCUUAUUCAUCUAGGCUAUGGCUACGAAUUGACAUCUCGUGAGGUCGUUAUGGAGGCCCUCGGCCUCGCUGCCACCUGCUAUGAUGCAAAGAUAGCUUCACUUUCCACUCAGAAGCCUCCAAAACACAUCAAAAACUCCACCACCGACCUGCUCGAAAUCUUCAAUCGCGUUGAUGCCGAUAAGCGGUUUGACAAUGUCUUUUCAGCCCCCGGCAGCACCAACCUCACGGACCUUCUCAACAAUCCCGAGCUGGCCGACAUCCUCAUGUCCUACUUUCACAGCUGGACCAUCACCGAUCCCACUAAGCAGUUCACACAAUCCCAGCAUCUGGCAUCUCUCCUCUUGAUCUCCACCUCCCCACAUCUUCCAUCGCCUGGUCACGGCUACGACUUUUUCCUCGUCCACCUGCUGACCACCUCACACGCGAUCCGCAUCCUCCUCCCAUUCUUCCCAGCCAACACCCACGUCCGCCUCGUCAAGCAGUGGUUCUUCAUCACGCUAGCCAUCUACGUCGCCCAACUGCGUCCCUCACUGCUCGAGGCCGGCGAGGCUCAGAAGUCCUACGACCUCAAGGGCCGAGACUGGACCUUUGUGCGCGACACGGCCAUGAAAGGUGGGCACAAGUAUGACGCGCAUUUCGUCAAGGGCUGCAGAGCCAUGAUGGAGGCGGCAAAGACCUGGGGCGACAAGGACGAGUGGUUCCUGAAAUGCGCAGUCAGGUUUGCGGAUGAGUUUGACGGGUGGGGUGGCUUUGGAACUGGGGAGGUCGAAGCAUAG